CGAAGGACAACUGAACCGACAAAAUAUCAUUAGUGCCUUCGAUCAGUGCAGACCUUUCUUUCCAAUGCUUGUUACGCUCAAUUGGUCUGCUACUUCAGCACGCCUGCAGUCAAAUUGCCUCCCAGCUUAUUCUGUUCGUUGGCCACGAAAGGGAAAAAAACCCACGCACGACACCAAGAACCCACUUAAAAUCCCCCGUGUCUCUUGUUGACUUACUCGUUACCAUCAACCGUACCAAUCACCUUAUCUGCUCUUAUCACGCUUGACGAUCUUAGACGCGGGGUUCCAGCCCCUCCAGCCAGUCAAUUGCCCGUAUAAAUGUUCUGCAGUGCGCACUAUCCUUUAGCGCAUUGAAAAAACCAAAUCUCAACGUCCUGGAACUUGAAAACCGAAAACAACAGAAGGGGAGGGGAAAGAGAAUGGAAAUGGCUUCAACAGGUGUUCCUAUUGAAGAUUCCUCUUUGAAACAUGGGCUGAAGCCAAUCAGUGUUGACAGUGUUCACGAGCUACAAGACAGUCCUACGGACAGCGGCGGCGAACAAGAGCAGCAGCGAGCACCCGAUUCCUUCGACGCUCAAUAUCGCACGACAAGAUGGGAGAUUUGGGCCUAUUAUGCUUACUAUAUCGGUAACAAUGGGUUAUCCUUGUUCAACUUUGCCCCAACGGCGUUCCAGAAUCUCUUAUCGCAAGCCGCAGGCGAUCGGGGAACGUUGAAUUUCGCCGGCCGUCAGCGGUCGGUCAAUAGUAUCGUCCUUCUCUGCAACGGCAUCUCGUUUGCGAUCCAGGUGGUCGUGUUCUUGGCCAUCGGCAGUUUCGCCGACUUUGGGAACUGGCGGCCGAACAUCCUGAUCGUGCUGUCGAUCAUCGCCUGGGCGAUCGGCUUUGCGUGGCUGGCGGUCCACGAGGCGGAAAAAUGGAGCGUCGGCGUGGGAUUGUACAUCGUCGGGCUGAUCGCGUACCAAACGACACUCACCUUCUGGACGGCGGCGUUCCCGGGCCUCGCCAGGAACACGGUCGAGAUGCGCGAUGCGGCGGAUGAAUAUUCCGCGGGCCGCAUCUCGAGGGAGGAGUAUGACCAUGCGGACUCGAUGAAGCGCACCCAGCUGUCCAAUGUGGCCUUCUACGUGCAGUCGGUCAGUGAGUUGGUCAUCCUCGCCAUCAUUGUGGGCAUCAUGUUCGCCUUGCACGUCAAUGCGAGCGAAGCGAACAACAACUGGGGCUUGAGCGUUCUGAUUGCCUUUGCCAGUGGCGUUUGGCUGCUGGUGUCGAUACCAUGGUUCGUGCUGGAGAAGCGCCGGCCGGGUCAGGAUCCGGAGGGAAACAAUAUCAUUAUUGCUGGAUUGAAGCAGCUUGUCCGUGCGCUGAAGGAUAUCUGGACGUUGAAGCAGAGCCUGAUCUAUCUCGUUGGUUACUUCCUCCUCGGCGAUUCACUGAACACCACCGUGACAGUUAUCUCCACUCUGCAAAACAACAUUGUGUCGUACAACUCUCUUGAAUUGACAUAUGUCUUGCUGGCUGGUAUCGCCGCCCAGGCCGUCGGCAUUUACACAUUCUGGUAUGUUCAGCGACGCUUCGACCUGACCACCAAAACCAUGUUCAACAUUGUUGCCAUCGCCAUUAUUCUCCUCGACGGCUGGGGCAUGAUUGGCAUCUGGACGCAGAAAUUCGGAUUUCACCAUCUCUGGGAAAUCUGGGUAUAUCAAGUCUACUACGGAUUCCUUGUCUGCCCGUGGUACAGCUACUCCAUGAUCAUGAUCUCCGAAGUCACCCCGCGGGGCCACGAGUUCCUCUUCUUUAGUCUGUUCAGCAUCAUCGGCAAGACCUCCUCCUUUAUCGGACCGCUGGUGUCGAGCGCCAUCAUCGAUGCCUCGCCGAGUGGGAAUAACUCCACGCCAUUUUAUUUCCUGUUUGCGUUGAGUUUGGCCAGCUUCGCGGGGCUGGCUUUCUUCCUUGAUCUGAAAGAGAGUCAGAAAGAGCAGGAGGAGUUUCUAAGAAAGAGGAGGAAGGAACCUGCAGUUUGAGGAUGCAUAUCAAUGGCUGUAGAUUCGUUAUUGACCUUGAAUGUUACACCGAA